UUGCUAUAGUCAACAGCUACUCUGGUACGCGCUAUGGUAGCUGUUGUAAGAAGUACCUGACUAUGCCGGACUUUUGUGCAGCCUACAGAUGCUCUAAUCACCGCAGUCUGGAAACAAGAACCCGUGGAAUCACCUUUCACGUGUUUCCCAAAACCGGAGAGAGGAGGAGGCAGUGGGAAGUUGCCCUAAGAAGGCAGGACACUGCUCUGACACUGCUCUGCAAUGAUCACUUCAGUUGUGAGGACUUUGACAGGACGGGGCAGACUGUCCGGCUUAAAGAUGGUGUUGUGCCAACAGUAUUCAACUUCCCAGCUCAUCUUCAAAGGCCGGAAGCAACAAGAAGCACAACCACUUCUAGAAGAGCGGAAGAUGAACCUCAGCCUAAUGUUGUGAGUAUUCUGCAUGUGGCCAAGACCAGAGAGAUGGUCAUUGAUUGCAGGAGGGAAGGUCUAUGA